AUGGUGUUGGCCAUGGCAUCUCAGGAUGCCCAGACCUUUUUUCAGCCUUUGUCUUCCUGGCUCUCCCGGGUUUAUGAAGCUCUCCAGCAAGCAGGCGAUGCGCUGUCGGCGUCCCUGGUUCUUCUAAGCAAACAGGAUUCGGCGUUGAGUGACAAGCCAGACCAGGACUUGGAGGAUACUAAGUUUCAAGAAACCUACUUUGAAGAUGGUGAUCAGGGCAGUGAUAGGAAUUCAGAGGAGGCAAACUCCCUGUUUCUUGAAGAGGACCAUUUCUCACGCUCUAAUAGUGACCUUCAGGACUCUGGCAGUACGGCAAGUCCCAGACUUGAUCAACAAGUCAAAGACUCAUGCUCUACCACACACCAGUGGCCCGAUCCGAUCCCAGCUGGCCCAAAGUCCCUGCACAUGCUUUCUUCUAUUGCAGAGGAAGAACGUGACUUUGAGAGGCAGAGAUGUGGCCUCCAGCUUGGCUUUGACACCCAGCUCCCUGGCUCUUUAGAAAAAGUUGAUGGAGAAAAGCAAGCUAACAGCGUUGGGGACGACGAGGAGCCGUCCAUGUCUUCUGAGAGUGAUGAAGAUGUGACCAAGCAGUUUGAGAUCUCUGUGUCCCGAUCCCAGAGUUUUCGUACAGGAGCACCUGAGAAGGGAAAGACAACAGAGUUGGAGCCGAACAAAUGCAACCAUUUGCUGUCCGUCCACCGGGAAGACAGUGCCGAGGUGUCUGCUUGUGAAGAUUUGGAUGGAACCAGCCAACUCAGUUAUUCUGAGAUUCUGUCUUAUGAAGAUCAGCCCAUCUCUACCCUCUCACAGUCUCCCCGUGAGAGCAGAGACACCAGACACCAUGGUCCUUGUCAUCAAGAGACUGGCAUGGUCCGAAGCCUCGGUCGUCCUUGUGUGGAGAGCAUCCUGGAGGCGGAGACCGUGUUUACUAAUCGGGGCUUUGAAGAUUCCUAUGCCGCUCACAGCUCCUCUGUGUGGAGUCCAGAGGCGAGAUGGGGACCAGCCCUGCAGGUGCCACCCAAGCUCUUGGAGCCUAUCUCAAAAUGCGGUUACCUAGAUAUCAUCUUUGAAUAUAGAGCCGUAACCCAGAAGCUCACCGUGACUAUUGUGAGAGCACAGGGCCUUCCAGAUAAGGACCGGAGUGGUGUUACUCCUGGCCAAGUCCAUGUAGUGCUGCUGCCCAGUAAGAAACCAGAGGGGAAGACUAACAUCCAGAGAGGGCCUAAUCCUGUCUUCAAGGAGAAGGUCACCUUCGCCAAGCUGGAGCCUAGGGAUGUGGCUGCCUGUGCUGUCCGGUUCCGCCUCUAUGCUGCCCGUAAGAUGACCCGAGAGAGGAUGAUGGGAGAGAAGCUGUUCUGUCUCAGCCACUUGCACCCAGAAGGAGAAAUGAUGACUCUGGUUCUGGAGCCCAAGAAGGUAAUAUAAAGUGGAGAGUCUCCGCUUAGCCCAUCUGUGGUGUCUCACAGUGACAGUGCUUAAUCCACACAGUCCCUGUCUCAUGGAGGGGUGCCAGAGCUGUUGGUGGGAUUGUCCUACAAUGCCACAACAGGGCGAUUAUCUGUGGAAAUGAUUCAAAGGCAGCCAUUUCCGCAACCCUCCGCUGCUAACCGAGCUCCUGAUACAUACGGAAAACUCUUCCUCCUCAACUGCGUGGGUCAAGAGAUGUCCCGAUGCAAGACAUCCAUUCGACGCGGCCAACCCAACCCUGUCUACAAAGAGACCUUUGUCUUCCAGGUGGCCCUCUUCCAGCUCUCUGAUGUUACCUUGAUGAUUGCCGUUUACAGCAGGCGCACUAUGAAGCGGAAAGAGAUGAUUGGCUGGCUCGCGCUGGGCCAGCACAGCAGUGGGGAAGAGGAGCAGGAGCACUGGGAGGAAAUGAAGGAAAGCAAAGGCCAGCAGAUAUGCAGGUGGCAUACACUGCUGGAAUCCUAG